UUAGUUCUCAAUAUACUAUUGAAUGAAACUGUGUUCAAUUAUUCAACAGGUUAUGAGCCCCGCUCGUCCACUGCGCGAAUCGUGAAAAUAUCUAUUAAUUUUAUUUGAAAUAUCAAGUAUCUUGUUCUCGCCGAUUGUUCGAUAAUUUUGUGUCUCUUUCGUGCCAAUAAUUGAAAACUUUUUUGAGAUUCGAAAAUGUCCGUGAAUCCUUCAGUUUCAUUAUCGUUCUUACCUCUUGGUAAUGUGGUGGAAUAUUAUGCAGAUUGGAGCAUUCGUAUGAUGUGUCUUUUGCGGUCCUUGAAUUGUGCUGAUUGCUUAGAAGAAGAAGAGGAGUCAAGCCAUCAACCCACUCCAAAACAAAUAGCAGAAAAGAAACAGAAGGAUGCUAAGGCAAUGGAGGCAGUUUAUAGGCAUUUAUCUGCUUAUGCUCUCAAUAUUAUUCGCGAAAAGAAAACUGUCAAAGAGGUCUGGUCAGCUUUAAAACACGCAUAUGAGGAUAAAAGUCCUGCCAAUCAACUUCACCUUUUUGACAAAUUACUUCAACUUAAAAUGGCCGAAAACGAAGAUGUUAUGCUACAUUUUGCGAAGUUUGACUCCAUAAUCAAUGAACUAAGAUGUAGUGGUGCUCAGGCUAUCAACGAUGAACAAUUUUUAUGUUGUGUUUUACUUCGAUCCAUGAAUAUAAAUUACAAACAAGCAGUGACUGCCAUAGCAAUGACCUCGAAGGAUGACUUGCAAAUUGAGACAGUCAAGGCCAACUUACGAACCUACAGCUUGACUUUGACUGAAGUUAAGGAAGAGAAGACAACUGAGGAUCCAUCAGCAUCAGCAUCAGCCAUGUUUGUAUCAGGUCAAGGCGAUAAUUUCAAAUUCAACCAUGGAAACCAUCAAUAUUAUCGUGGUCAGAAAAGAGGAAAUCAAAGAGGAAGAGGAAAUCGUGGUACAUCAUUCCGUGGUCAAGGAUUCCGUGGUCAAGGAUUUCGUGGUCAAGGAUUUCGUGGUCAAGGGUUCCGUGGUCAAAAUUUCAAGGCGAAAUACAGAGUCCAUACUCCAAAUUCCAACAAUGCAAUGUUUUGCACAUAUUGUAAUCGAUUCAAUCACCUUGAGAAAGAUUGUCGUUAUAAAGCAAGAGAUCAAAAAUCUCCCAAAAAUUCCACCAAUCCAUCUAAUCAAGUGAAUAUGGCUGGUGAAGAAGAUUCGUUUGGUUUUGUCGGAUUAACUAUAUCAGGUUGAUUACCAAGUGCGGGGGAGUGUUGAAAUCUACUGAAUGAUUAUUGGUCACUUGGCAAUCUUAAGCCACUCCUCCAGACAUCGAUGAUAUUCAUACCUACUAAUUUUACUUCUUAAUCACGAUUAUGUUUUUAGUUCUCAAUAUACUAUUGAAUGAAACUGUGUUCAAUUAUUCA